AUUCACUUCAACUUUGAUUCUUCAUUAUUUGUAUGUUUUCAUUUUACUGCCCCUAGUUUGGAUUAUAUUCAAUGCAGCGCAGGAUAAACGUACUUCGGAUAGGUCCCAGCUAACCAGGUCGCCUAACAUUCUCAUCUAAAACCAGUGCCCCUUUAAACCCUAGUGCCAAACGCACUCGACCACUGCGGAAGAAGUUCGCAUGCGUAUUUUGUCCACUCUCAUUUCCUCAUCGACUUCCAUUGGCCACCAUUUAUUCUCUCGACCCACUUCUCAUCAUCGAUACAAAGCCCUAAUUCACCACUUCCAGCCAAUGGCCACAGCAUCCGAAGAUUCUCUGCGCACAGCCCUAGCAGAAAAGCUAUCUGCCGUUGAAGCCCAAGGGAAUGCCCUCCGUUCACUUAAGGCCUCCAAAGCUGCUAAAGCCGAAGUCGAUGCUGCAAUUGAAAGUCUUAAUGCCUUGAAGCUGGAGAAAUCUUCAAUCGAGAAGCAGCUUCAAGCUGCCGUCAGUGGAAAUGCUGCUGAUAGCUCCGUUAGCAGAGAAGCGUUUCGUCAAGCUGUUGUGAAUACUCUGGAACGACGUCUAUUCUACAUUCCGUCAUUCAAGAUUUAUAGAGGCGUCGCUGGGCUUUACGAUUAUGGUCCUCCUGGUUGCUCCGUUAAGUCCAAUGUUCUUGCUUUCUGGCGCCAGCAUUUUGUUCUGGAGGAGAAUAUGUUGGAGGUUGACUGUCCAUGUGUGACGCCUGAGAUUGUCCUGAAAGCAUCUGGUCAUGUGGAUAAAUUCACAGACCUUAUGGUUAAGGAUGAGAAAACUGGGACCUGUUACAGGGCUGACCAUUUGCUCAAAGAUUUUUGCACUGAGAAGCUUCAGAAGGAUCUUACCAUAACUUCUGAGAAGGCUGCGGAGCUGAAACAUGUGCUUGCAGUCUUGGAUGAUCUCUCGGCAGAAGAGCUUGGUGCAAAGAUCAAGGAUUAUGGUAUUACAGCUCCAGAUACAAAAAAUCCUCUAUCCGAUCCCUACCCAUUCAACUUGAUGUUUCAAACUUCAAUUGGCCCUUCUGGCUUGAGUCCUGGUUAUAUGCGACCUGAAACAGCACAAGGCAUAUUUGUAAAUUUCAAGGACUUGUACUACUACAAUGGUAAUAAACUCCCUUUUGCUGCUGCUCAAAUUGGCCAGGCUUUCAGAAAUGAGAUAUCUCCCCGCCAAGGCCUUCUGAGAGUCCGUGAAUUCACAUUAGCAGAGAUUGAGCACUUUGUUGAUCCUGAAGACAAAUCUCAUCCAAAAUACACUGAAGUUGCAGAUCUGGAAUUUCUAAUGUUCCCAAGGGAAGAGCAAAUGUCUGGCCAAUCUGCUAAGCGAAUCCGGCUUGGCGAAGCAGUUUCGAAGGGAAUUGUCAACAAUGAAACUCUAGGCUACUUCAUUGGGAGAGUUUAUCUCUUCCUAAUUCGUCUAGGUAUAGACAAAGAACGAUUGCGAUUCCGACAGCAUCUUGCAAAUGAAAUGGCCCACUAUGCUGCAGACUGUUGGGAUGCUGAGAUUGAAUGUUCCUAUGGUUGGAUUGAGUGUGUUGGUAUUGCAGAUAGAUCUGCAUAUGACUUACGUGCUCACUCGGAAAAAAGUGGAGUACCUCUUCUGGCCCAUGAGAAGUUUUCAGAACCAAGGGAAGUGGAGAAACUGGUCAUAGCUUCAGUGAAGAAAGAGCUGGGCCUUGCAUUUAAGGGAAACCAAAAAAAGGUGGUCGAAGCAUUGGAGGCAAUGAAUGAAAAAGAGGCCAUGGAAAUGAAAGCCUCUUUGGAAACCAAGGGAGAAGUAGAGUUUUAUGUCUGCACUCUUGAGAAAAAUGUGACCAUUAAGAAGAACAUGGUCACAAUCUCAAAGGAGAAGAAGAAGGAACACCAGAGAGUUUUCACACCAUCAGUGAUUGAGCCAUCUUUUGGCAUUGGACGGAUAAUAUAUUGCCUCUUUGAGCAUUCUUUCUACAUGAGGCCCAGUAAAGCUGGGGAUGAACAGUUGAAUGUUUUCCGCUUUCCUCCUGUUGUGGCACCUAUUAAAUGCACUGUUUUCCCACUUGUUCAGAAUCAACAAUAUGAGGAGGUUGCCAAAGUCAUUUCCAGGUCAUUGACUGCUGCUGGAAUUUCACAUAAAAUUGAUAUUACAGGCACUUCGAUUGGCAAGCGAUAUGCAAGGACAGAUGAACUGGGUGUACCAUUUGCGAUAACUGUGGAUUCGACGUCUUCUGUGACAAUCAGGGAGAGGGAUAGCAAGGAUCAAAUCCGUGUUAACAUAGAAGAAGCAGCAUCAGUUGUGAAGUCUGUGACUGAUGGUAUGCAGACAUGGAGCAAAGUGUGGUCUAUUUUCCCUCAUCAUUCCUCGGGUUCGACAGAGGAUUGAAUUUUGGUUAAUGAGAUGAGACUAUAGGUUACAGUAUAACUUUCUCACAUUGUUUUCUUAAGAGCAGAACAAAUGAACUACAGAAAAUUUACCCUUAAUUAUAAUCUGUAUUUUGGUACCUAUUGUUAACAAUUUUCUCCACUCUACUGUUGGUUUUGAGACCAAUAUUUUUAAGCAUCUACCUAUAAAAUGCUGUACCUGGCAGUUUAUUCUUCUUCUUGAUUA